AUGACGAAUGAUGGUUUCCGUCGUCUUCCUCCACCACCAUUAUUUACAAUACGUCCGCCACCUAAGCCGCCAGGAUCUUUGUUUGAAAAUUUUCAAACAAUUGAAAUUUUAAAUGGUCAAUGUGUACGACCAUCAUUAAAUAUUCUUAAUAUUUCAUCUUCUUCUUCAACAAUUCUUCAUAAACAUGAAGAAACAAAUAAUUGGUUAAAUAUUUUUCUUCUUAUUGUGGCUGUAUUUAGUGUUAUUUUGUGUAUUAUUAUUGCUAUAUUUAUUUUUAUUUGUCUUAAAAAAUUAAGAAAAGAAGAAAAGCAAUAUAAAAAUUGUAUUAUGUCUGGUUCAUUGACAUCGAGAAGUCAUCAUCGACAUCAUCAUAUUGAUGGGUGUACUAGAACAAGUGAACAUUACAAGUGUACACCUAACACAUCUAAUUGUUGUGAUGACUAUUAUUCUCAUCAAUUAAUACCAAUGAAAGGCACUUCUUCUCAUUGUAUGCUAAAAUCAAGUGAAGCUCUUCGAUGUUCAACAUUAGGAAAUAUUAUCAAUGAUGAAGAUACUCCACAAAAUCAUCAAUAUGAAUAUAUACCUGAAUACAUGUUAACAAUGAGUCGUCAUCGUCAUCCUUCAAUAGUUUGUCAUCAUUCACAUCAAUUAUAUCAUCAAACAAAUAAUACCUGUAAUUUACCCUAUACUAGUUUUUCUCGAUCAUAUCUUAUGCCUCAAGGAGUAACAACAACAACAAGUACAAGUGAAAGUAGUCAAUGCACAUGUUCAUCUCCACCUUCAACAAAAGUUGUUCAAGAAGAAUCAUCAACACCUUUACUUGCUCCAACAAUAUUCAAAGAAUCUCAUAAAGGAGAGACUUCAUCACCAAAAUCAAUGAUGAUUGGAUGGACAAGAAGAAAUUCAUCUUCAUCAACCAAACGAAAAAUAACUCAACAACAAUACAGUUUUCUAACUCAAUUACAUAGUAUACAUAUAUCAUUAAAUUCUUCACGAUCUUUUCAUUCUUGUACAACUUACACUGAUAUUCCUUUGAUAGAUCCAAUUACAGCAACUAUUAAAAGUUUAGCAGAAGAUUUAUCAGCUUGUCGUUAUUCAUCAUUUGAUCUUGUCCGUUGGUAUUUAACUCGUAUUGAUGCUGUUAAUCGACAAGGUUUUCAUCCACUUCAUGCUGUUAUUGAAACAAAUCCUGAUGCUCUAACGAUUGCCAAUGCACUUGAUCAAGAACGACAUAUAUAUGGUUCAAGAUCAUUGCUUCAUGGAAUUCCUAUUUUAAUUAAAGAUAAUAUUGCAACAAAUGAUAAAAUGGAAACAACAGCUGGUAGUUUAGCACUUGUUGGUUCUCUUGUACCUCGUGAUGCAUUUAUUGUUCAACGAUUGAGACAAGCAGGUGCAAUUAUUUUAGGUAAAACAUCAUUGUCAGAAUGGAGUAAUUUUAAAUCGGAUAAUAGCACAAGAGAUGGAUGGUCUGCACGAGGUGGUUUAAGCAAUUCAGCUUAUGUUGCUGAUGGAGAUCCAUCAGGAAGUAGUAGUGGUUCGGCUAUUGCUACAAGUGCUGGUUUAUGUGCAGCUGCUAUAGGAACAGAAACUGCUGGUAGUAUUGUUAUGCCUUCAAGUCUUGCAAAUAUUGUUGGUAUUAAACCAACAGUUGGUUUAACAUCACGUUCAGGUAUUAUUCCAAUCUCACAUGAUCAUGAUUCAGUUGGACCUAUGGGUAAAACUGUUGAAGAUGUUGCUCUUCUACUCGAAAUUAUACAAGGUGUUGAUAGUCGAGAUUAUGCAACACAACAAAUAGGAAUUAUUCGUCAUCAAAAUUAUACACAAUUUUUACUUGGUAUUGAAGGACUUCGACAUCUUCGAUUAGGUGUUAUACGUCAAGAUAUUCAUAUAUCAAAUGAAAGAGAAGAUAAAAUACAAAAAGCUAUUGAAUUAAUGCGAUUUCAUGGUGCAAUUGUUAUUGAUCCAGUUAAUGUAAGUGGUAUUGGUGAUAAAAAUCUACUCAAUGAUUUAGUAUCACUUUUUCGUUAUAAUUUUCGUCAUGAUAUAUCAAAUUAUUUAUCUGAACUUAAAAAUACAAGAAUGAAAUCAUUAAGAGAUCUAAUUGAAUUUAAUAUAGAACAUGCUGAUCAACAAUUUCAUGAUGUAUAUUCUCCAAAUCAAAAUAUAUUUAUUUCGAGUGAUAUGCAAAGAAAUUUCACAGCUAAUGAUUAUGCAAAUUUAUAUAAUAAAACUCGUCAAUUUGAUGGUCAAUAUGGAAUUGAUGCAACACUAAUUCAAUACAAAUUAGAUGCACUAAUUGUAGCUGAUACUAAACAUUAUAUCACCUAUAUGGCUUCAUCUGUUGGUUAUCCAUUGAUUGUUGUUCCAUUAGGUUUUAACGAAUCAAAUAAUGAACCUUAUGGUUUAAUGUUUGCUGGAACGGCAUGGUCAGAAUCAAUUCUUUUACGUAUAGCACAUGGAUUUGAACAAGCAUUACCUAUACGAAAUACUAUUCGACCAAAAUAUGCUGAACAAAUUAUAUCUAUUCGUCAAUUUCUCUUACGAAUAAUUGAAUUUAUAAAAAAUCUUGAACUAUUUUAA